CGCGCCUCCUAAGAUGGCGGUGUGUAUCGCAGUAAUCGCCAAGGAGAACUACCCCCUCUACAUCCGCAGCGUCCCCACUGAAAACGAGCUGAAGUUUCACUAUAUGGUGCACACGUCGCUGGAUGUUGUGGAUGAGAAGAUCUCAGCGCUGGGGAAGGCCCUCGUGGACCAGAGGGAGCUCUAUCUGGGCCUGCUCUACCCCACUGAGGACCACAAGGUCUAUGGCUACGUGACCAACUCCAAGGUGAAGUUCGUGAUGGUGGUAGAUUCUUCCAACACGGCGCUACGGGACAACGAGAUCCGCAGCAUGUUCCGGAAGCUGCAUAAUUCCUACACAGAUGUCAUGUGCAACCCCUUCUACAAUCCCGGGGACCGCAUUCACUCGAGGGCCUUUGACAACAUGGUGACAGCCAUGAUGAUCCAGGUCUGCUGAGCAAG